CUCACAUCAUUCCAAAAAUCACAACUACAUUGAUCGAUCAAAAUGAAAUCUGCAUUCUUCUUACUUUUUCUCGUGGCCCUCUUCGUUUCCAACUCUCCAUUUUCUUUUGCAGCCGAAGCACCAAACCCGGUGCUUGAUGCUAAAGGGAAAAUGGUCCGAUCCGGGGCACGGUAUUACAUAUGUUCGGUGUACCCGAGUACCGGCGGCCUCACACUAGAAAGCCUGGACAACAAACCAUGCCCUCUUGACAUUGUGCAAGAGGAUCAGGUUCCAGGACUUCCAGUGUCAUUUUAUCCAAUUAAUCUCAAAAAGGGAGUUGUGCGUGUUUCCACGGAUCUUAACGUGGAAUUUCCGACUGCUUGUAAGACUAAAUGUCCAAACUCCAAUUGGUGGACAUUUGAUGUUUGCCCUGCGACUAAAAACUAUUUCCUCUCAACUGGUGGGCAGCUAGGAAAUCCAGGGCCAAAUACGAUCAGAAACUGGUUCAAGAUUGAACCAUACGGCCCUGGGUUAUACAAGUUUCUUUACUGUCCCACAUUUAGCAAAGUGGCUUGCAAAUAUGUUGGGAUUGUCGCCCAAAAUGGAAAGAGACGUUUGGCUCUGAGCGAUGUUCCAAUGAAGUUUGUGUUGAAACAGGCGUAAAUGAUGAUUUGAAUUUCUCACUCAUGCACGGGAUACAUGCUUGUAUUUGUGCUUAUGUUUUUGAGCUUUUAGGAAUAAGACAAGUACCUUGUCAAGUGUGAUAAUUUAGUUACGAAUAAGUAACCUCCUCAAGUUGUGUACUUUGUUUGCAAUAAGGGAAUAACUCAUUCCCCACUUAUCAA